ACAAGAAGCUGCAAUCAAAUUCUCACAGGUCAAUCUCCUAUAAUCUUUAUUUUCUGUAUUAUCGUUACACUUUGUUAAGUUUCGUUUCACUCUUUUUGUGUCUUAGAAAUUUUGCAAUCGCAAAUUAAAAUUUCUGAAUUUUCCUUUAGGAUAUAUAUGCAUACUUGCAGCAUAAUUAGGGUUUGAUUCGAUUUCUUUUUUUUUUUUUUCUUCGUUUAGGAUCGCUUUUGGUUUCGUCUCUUUUAGCUUUAGAUGAUUCCCACUUUUCUUUAGAAUUGGAAUUCAACCAAAUGGGACGGAACGGCUUGAUUCUUUUUAGUUUCAGAUACAUUGGCGAUCUGUUUAUUGCAUCUUCAGAAAAAAAAGGCGGGGAUUCAUUAUUUUCAUGGGAGAGUGAAGAAAUCUACAUUUUCUGAAACAAGGGCAUGGAUCUGUGUAUUGAUCAACCAGUGUUUAGAAACUAAAAUUUCAAAUUCUGGGAUUAUACCAAUUUGGGGCAUAAAACCAGUAAUCCUGAAGACAAAGUUUAGGUAUCUGAAUUUAUAGCUGAGUUGUUUGAUCGUAAGAUUUUUUGUUUUAAAGGAGCAAGCUUUUUUAAAAAAAAUUUUUUUUAUGUCCCUCUUAUAUUAGAACUAUGUUCUAGGACCUAAUCUGGCUGUGGGAUUUGGAUGGAGCGAAUGGAAGGUGGAUCUGAGAGAACCAAUCAAAUAGAAGAGAGUCAAGCGCAAUUGUUAUGUGGGCUUCCAGAUGACAUUGCUCUUUUCUGCUUGGCAAGAGUGCCUCGCAAGUACCGUACAGUGCUGAAGUGUGUUUGCAGGAGUUGGAGAGACUUACUGUGCAGUGAAGAGUGGCAUGCUUAUCGUAGUAAGCACAAUUUGAGUGAGACUUGGAUAUAUGCAUUGUGUCGUGACAAGUAUGAGCAGAUAUGUUGUUAUGUUCUGGACCCUGAUUUGCCAAGAAGGUGUUGGAAGCUCAUUCAAGGGCUUCCACCCGGCUGUUUGAAGAGAAAAGGCAUGGGUUUUGAAGCACUAGGGAAGAAGCUUUACCUGUUAGGUGGCUGUGGUUGGUUGGAGGAUGCUACUGAUGAGGCCUACUGCUAUGAUGUUUCUAGGAACUCUUGGAGGGAAGCUGCUUCCUUGUCCACUGCAAGGUGCUAUUUUGCUUGUGAAGUUUUGGAUGGGAAAAUAUAUGCCAUUGGUGGGUUAGGCUCGAAAUCAAGUGAUCCACAUUCUUGGGACACGUUUGAUCCUCACAAGAAUAGUUGGGAAUCACAUUCUGAUACUAAUGUUGUUCCUGACGUUGAAGAUUCCACUGUCUUGGAUGGGAAGAUUUAUAUUCGAUGUGGUGCUUCUGCUGUGUCUUCUCAUGUAUAUGCUGUUCUUUAUGAACCUUCAAAUGGUACAUGGCAGCACGCAGAUGCUGAUAUGGUGUCAGGCUGGCGGGGUCCAGCAGUUGUUGUGGAUGGUGUCCUUUAUGUCUUGGAUCAGAGUUCAGGAACCAGGCUGAUGAUGUGGCAGAAGGAUAAAAGGGAUUGGGUGGCAGUUGGAAGGCUGUCACCAUUACUUACAAGACCACCUUGUCGGCUCGUAGCAAUUGGGAAGAGGAUAUUUAUCAUAGGCAAGGGACUUAGCACAGUGGUGUUUGACAUUGAGAAAACUGUAAAUAUGGAAGGGGUAAUGGUAAGUUCUUCUAUCCCCAGAUUAAAUUCUGAAGAUGAUGUAAUCAGCUGUAAAUGUCUAGCAUUAUGAAUUACCAGCACUCAGAGUCGUUUGUUGAUACUGUAGUCCAAUGCCAUUGUUGUGAGAUACUCUGUUUGUGAUACUCUCUGCUAACUUAUGUUGACACUGGCGUGAGAUACCCUGAUUGUUCUAACCUUCUACAUACACUGGUCAAUACCUGUGAGAAAUGAUAUUCAUUCAAUGUAUAUGACAGAAAACGUGAAGACAUAAGAAUCAACACAAGGCCAUUUUUUUUUUUCAA